GAAGAGUCCAUGUUUCAGUUUGAGUCUGAAGGCAGGAAAAAACAAACGUCCCAGGCUGAAGGCAGUCAGGCAGGAAGAGCUACCUCUUAUUCAGCAUUUUUGUUCUACUCAGACUUCAACUGAUUGGAGGAGGCCCACCCACAUUAGUGAGGGCAAUCUCCUUCAUUCACUCUGCUGAUCCAACUGUUAAUUUCAUCCAGAAACACACUCACAGACAAAGCCAGAAAGUCUUGCAUGUCAUUGGCCAAAUGACCAGUCAAGUUGACAUACAAAAUUAACAUCACAUUUGGGAGGAAAAGAGAUUGUAAUAUCACUCUGUGUUUCUUUAAAAGAUUGACAGUCGUCAGGCUGCUCACAAUAGAGGCCACUGCUGUUUCAGUCAUUUUGGAACUGAUAGGUCUCUAAGGGCUAUGAGUGUUUGACAGAUAAUAUUUUUAAAAAAUAAAAACAAAAACUUCCUUGCAUCAGUGAAAUCAUUAUUACCUGUCUGUCUUCCUGGAAACUAACUGGAAUUAUGUCUUCAGCUCUUCCAGUUUAAAGGUUUCCUGAAUAUGAGGAAUAUUUCUUUUGUCUUAUAGAGAAUGUUUGGAAGUAGGGUGACCCCUCGAAUAUUCCCUACUUCACACAGUAAAUGACAUUCAGAACUGCACACCAGGUGGACAAGAUGUAAUUGCUUAUGUCAAAUGACUUGCUUCACCUGAGCUGUUGCUGCACACACGGAGCAUGGAAGCUGGAAAGGCCACCGCCACUGAUGAGCUUCUACAUGACUCAAGGACACAAAAGCUCUUGACGUCUGUAAUUAAACACACACAUGCACAAACAAAACAGUCUCUCAAGUCCAUAUCUGAAGCCAGUGUCUUGUAUUUCCAUAAAUCCUGGCUCACGUGACAUCUCUUGCUUAAUUGCCCUUUAAACUGUUUUAUGGCUUUAUAGCAACCUAUAAAAGGUGAUUUCCAAAUAUGACAAGCGCCGGAGGGCUGAAGGGAAGAGUUACCCAGGAGUUGUAACCACUGAAUCUAUAGCUGCUUCCCUAGCAGCUCAGCCUUCCCAAGAAAGGGAGAGGAACUGCCAGGGCACCGAGCCGCCAUGGGGCGAUACUCCGGAAGAAGCUUCCGUUUAAUCCUCAUGUGCGUCGUUAGCAUCCUCCUCUUUGUGAUGGAACUAGUGAUCGCUUACGUUGGCAACUCCCUCUCCUUGGCCUCCGAUGCUUUUGCCGUCCUUUCCCACUUUGUGUCCAUGAUCAUAGGUUUUUUUGGUGUAAGGGCCAGUAACAUAAAACAGCACAAGAAGAGCACUUACGGCUUUCUUCGGGCAGAUGUUGUGGGAGCAUUUGGGAACACCAUUUUUGCGGUGGCACUGAUGUUCAGCAUCCUGGUUGAAGCCAUCAAAAGGUACAUCAAUCCCCAGAAGACAGAGGAGCCGAUACUGGUUCUCAGUGCUGGAAUUAUCGGUCUGUUCUUCAAUGUUCUUAACUAUGUCAUCUUCUUGGACUGCUGUUACUGCGCAGCACCCAAGCCCCAGGGAGACAUGGAAGCAGGUGAUUCCUUCAACACCCAGAAUGAGCCAGAAGAGAUGAUGAAAAAAGAGAAAAAGUCUGAAGCUCUGAAUAUCAGAGGUGUACUUUUGCAUGUGAUGGGAGAUGCCCUGGGGUCCGUGGUUGUGGUCAUCACGGCCAUCAUAUUCUAUGUGCUUCCCCUGAAGAGUGAGGACCCGUGUAACUGGCAGUGUUACAUUGACCCCAGCCUGACUGUCCUCAUGGUCAUCAUCAUUUUGUCAUCUGCCUUCCCGCUUAUCAAGGAGACCGCUGCCAUUCUGCUACAGAUGGUCCCAAAAGGAGUCAACAUGGAAGAGCUGAUGAGUAAACUCUCUGCUGUGCCUGGAAUUAGCAGUGUACAUGAAGUGCACAUCUGGGAACUUGUAAGUGGAAAGAUUAUUGCCACCCUGCACAUCAAGUAUCCUAAGGACAGGGGAUAUCAAGAUGCCAGCACAAAAAUUCGAGAAAUCUUCCACCGUGCGGGAAUCCACAAUGUGACCAUCCAGUUUGAAAAUGUGGACUUGAAGGAAUCCCUGGAGCAGAAGGACUUACUGUUGCUCUGCAACUCACCCUGCAUCUCCAAGGGCUGUGCUAAGCAGCUGUGUUGUCCCCCCGGGGCACUGCCUCUGGCCCACGUCAAUGGCUGUGCUGAGCACAAUGGUGGGCCCUCUCUAGACACAUACGGAAGUGAUGGCCUCAGUAGAAGAGACGCAAGAGAAGUGGCUAUUGAAGUGUCUUUGGAUGGCUGUCUGAGUGACCACGGACAAAGUCUUAACAAAACUCAGGAGGACCAAUGUUAUGUCAACAGCACGCAUUUUUAAUCUGGUACUCACAUAAUCAGACCAUAUAGACGAGGCACUUUGGAACCACAAGCUUGGCUCACAAAAAGAGCUUUCUGGGUUGUAGGCCCAGACUAGACUUGCAGCGUGCAUGCUCUGUGUUCACUAGGGGUUGGCUGUUUGGGAUUUUAGUUAAACGUGUCUGUGAAUUUUUAUGUAACUAACUCCUUUCCAUUCCCCUGGGUGUCUCAUGCUGCUCUUUGACUGUUUCAGCUUGAACAUGCAUUUUCUAAAGCAAACUGCACUAGUGUAUAUAUCAGGGACAUUAAAGUCUGGGACUGGGGCUCAAUAGCUGCGGAUACAGUGUUCAAAGAAGUUCUUGUUUCUAAACUGAUUAGAACUUCUAGCUAAUGCUCAGGUGAGAUCAUAGCUUAAAUACAUUGAAAAAACUAAAGUACCACAAUAGCUGUAUUUUUCCCAAUCCCCUUAACGAUCAUAAAAGAGGCAAGUUAAGUAUUUCUGGCACUGAAGAAAUAUCUUUUUUCUUUGAUACAUUUUUGAAUAAAUAUAAAAUGAAUAACUAUUAAGGUAGAAAAUAUUCUCAGAACAUUCUAGAGGAGGUAAAGGUUAGUAGGAGGGCGUUGGCCAUCUCUACAUUUUGUGAGGUGAGAGAAAACUAAUGUUUACUUUCUGCUGUGAACUGAACUGCAGCUAUAGGAUGUUUCAAAUGCUUAAAUAUAUAAUACAUUUUUUUCCAUGGAAGUGAGGGAAUAUUUCAGCUUCCUUAAGUAUGACACAAAUACUCAUAUACUGUCUUUUAGAGUCAGUAUAGUUGGAGCUGUUUUCAUUUAGUGCUUUGAUAAUGAUUUACUUAUUUUUCCAAAUUUCCUUUGACUUUUCUUUCAUACGAUUGCAUUGAUCUAUGCAGCAUUUACCAGAAAAGAGUAUUCCUGGGAUAGCAGAAUGCAUAACACUGAGUGUUAAUUCUUGCGAAAUAAAUAAGCUAGACUGCCUUCUCUUUAAUUAGAUAUUUUUAAAGUAUUUAUUAUAGUUGUCAACUAGUAACUCAAUGAAAAAGUUGAUGCCCAAGGGAGAAAUGAGAAUUAGCUUAAUUGCUGCCUUUAAUGUGUUUUUGAGGAACUUAAAAUUUUCUUUCAUGUCUCUGAUCCAUAUUACCAAGUUCAAAUAAAAUUUUUAUAAUCGGAUUCAGACCCAUAACCAAACUAUGUUGGUAGUAGAGAAGCAUCUGUCAUGUAUUUAACACAUUGCUCAGACAUCAGUAUUUAAAUCAGAACAGUCUCACAGGUAUGAGAAAAUGGGAAGUGCCUCACUAGACAACUAGUAUCAUCUCUGGUAGACUGCAAGGUUGUCUGAAAAUAACCAUCUCUUAGUGUGUAAAGUCCUGUUCAGAAUCUGCACAGGAUUUUUCAGAAGUGCUGGGUUGAUAAUGAAGGCACCAUCCACAGUUUUUUAGAACAAACAUCAUAUUUAAACAAUAUAUCUUAGUCCUAAAUUUGAAGGCUAAAAUAAAUAAGCAGCUAUGAUCCGUAGGAUAGGAAAUUAUUAUUUUUUUCUUUUUUUGUAGAGACAGGGUCUCGCUAUGUUGCCCAGCUGGCCUUGAACUCCUAGCCUCAAGUGAUUCUCCCGCCUUGGCCUCCCAAAGCACUGGGAGAACAGGCAUGAGCCACUGCACCUGGCCAGGAAAUUCUUUAUUCCUUGAAAAUGUAUUAUCUGAGUUUAAAUUGGCUGUGAAGUAGGUAAAUAGAAAAAUGCCUAAAAAUGUUUUUAUUUCUAGGAGCUUAUUGGGCUAGGUUAUAUGCACUUUAUAAGCUCAAAGGGGUUAAUAAGUAAGAAUUUCUAUUUUUAGUAUUAAAAGUGUGGCAUGUACUCACACAAAACAGUGCAUCCUUUUAAGAAACUCAGCAUGGAGAUCAGUGGGCCAGAUUCUCCUACAUAAACAUUGGUUGAAAUUCCUUAGAGCCAAAAAAGAAAUUUUUCUCUGACUUCCAAAUUUGAAGGUCUAAUUUGAUUUCACAUCAUUCUGCCUUUAUUAAAAGGGAAAAUUAUAAUUUUACAGUUUUUGUGCAACUGGCUGAAGGAAUGGAUAUUAGUUUGCAUUUAAACACUGUUCUUUAAUCUCUAAAAUAUUUUUCUGGGUAAGAAAAGGCACUUAAUUCCACUGUAAUUAAACCUAACUUCAGAAAAGUAUCUUGAUAGACAGUUAUACCAGAUUAUGGCCUGGAGUCAAUAUGAAAUAAUACCUUUUUAAGACAGUUUGGCUGACUGCAUUUAAUAAUGUCCAAUCAUGCUAAGUGCAAUAAUUUUGUAUUGGGUUGAGUGGCUUGCAUUUGCCACCUGUGGCACGUGAUGCCUGCAGUAUGCUAUUUUCACUUGGGUUUCACUCUCUCUUUAAUUGUCCUGCCUUUUAAUUAUCCCAAGGAAAUACAAGAGUUUUCUUUUUCCCUUUAAAUCAGCCCUGCUUGGUGGCAGUAGCAGCUGAUAAAUAGAUUUAAAACAGCACUGUUUUCCUUUAAGAUUAGAAAAACACUGGCACUCAGUUUGGUGCUCCUGUAUACUUAGGUUAUUUACAGAAAAUCCCCUCCUCCCCGCCUUUUUUUAAAGAACUGACAUAAUUUUUUGUUUUUGUUUGUUUGUUUUUUUGAGACGGAGUCUUGCUCUGUCGCCCAGGCUGGAGUGCAGUGGUGCUAUCUCAGCUCACUGCAAGCUCUGCCUCCUGGGUUCACCCCAUUCUCCUGCCUCAGCCUCCCGAGUAGCUGGGAUUACAGGUGCUCGCCACCACGCCCGGCUAAUUUUUUGUAUUUUUAGUAGAGACCGGGUUUCACCAUGUUAGCCAGGAUGGUCUCGAUCUCCUGACCUCGUGAUCCGCCCACCUUGGCGUCCCAAAGUGCUGGGAUUACAGGCGUAAGCCACUGCGCCCAGCCAGAACUGACAUAAUUUUUAAGUCUACGGCAUAUUUUGUGUGUCAGCUCAGGGACCAGUUGUCCUGUGUGCUAACCUAGCCUUCUACACGGCCCUACUGCACUUCUGUUUCUAUAGAAACAGUCCUUUCCACAUUAUUUUAGCAUUGGCCAUAGGAAAUACUGUGUGCUUCAUUUUCUGAAUCUCAACAUUGUUUUUGAAAAUAUAAUUAAUUUUUUUCAUGAUAUUGGGCCAUUAUGAAUACCUACAGGCUCCAUUGUUGACAGAAAAUAAAAUUACUCUCUUCUUGAUAAAAUAUCAAUAAAGUAGGGAGACAUUAUUUGAGGAAGAAUUAAGAAUAUUCUCCAUAUUUAGUUCUUUUUUUUUUUCUUUUUUUUUUUUUUUUUGCCAUUGGCAGAGCAAAUUCCAGUGGUGGUAAAUCAAGAAGUCUAAAGUUCAGUAGAGAGAGGUGUUUUGAAUGUCAAGGAAAUCACUGAGGUAGAUUUGGGAUUACAAUAAGACAGCUGCCCUGUGAGAUCAUAAGAGCUUUUGUGAGGCUUACUCCAGGGGUUCUCAGUCUUGGCAUUACUGACAUUUUGAAUUGGAUGUGUUCUUGCUCCUGAUGUGUGGGUUGUGUAUUGUAGGAUGUUUAGCAGCACCCCUGACCGCUAUGCAUAAGUGCCGGUACUGUCCCCCCAAGUUGUGACAACCAAUGUCUCCAGACAUUGCCACAUAUAACCUGGGAAAAAAAAUUGCCCCAAGUUCUGAGCCACUGGGUAGAACUAAGGAUAGUUUAGGGACAAUGUUAAUGAAAGCCUCUCCAAAGUCCCAUAGUCUUUUUAAUAAUUAAUUCUGCAGAAUUUGCUCUUUAAAAACAUAUUUUUAAAGGCAAGACCAGCCUAUUCAUAAAAAUUGCAGUUGUUUCCACAUAAGAACUUUGGAUAUUUAAAGAAAAAUGUAAUUUGAAAUGAAAAGCCCUUAUAAAUCCCUUUAUACUUAUCAGUCAUUAUAACAGUAAAUGAAAUGAAGAAAAAGCAUUUGGUGUCACUCUUCUGUGCUGAUCUCUUUAACUCCUGAAUAUCCUCAAUUUGAUGAGCCCACUAUCAAAUGAGACUGGAUAGUUAUCAGCACAAUUGAUUCAUGGGGUUGAGAUGUUUAAAUCUCCUUCAUAUUUAAAAUGAUCGAUUUUAAACUUGAUGAUGUUAAUUCUUCUUAGUUCCUGGUAAGCAGCUCAUCUUAGUGCUAAUGACAAGUUCAGAUGUUAAAAAAAUCUUUAUCAUUUAUGGCUAAUUUUAUCCUUUGCCAAAUCAUAUCUAUUUUCUUCAAGAGAGCAAAAUACAUUUCCUGAUUUCAAAGUAUUCUGUUUUUAAAUAUAUCUUCACAUUCCUGUAGUAAAAGACUGCAAAAAAAAAAAAAAAAAAAAAAAACAAA